UGAAGGUCACACACGUCAUAUAUAGUGAGCAGUCACUGAUAAUUCAGUCUUUCUCAGCAAGAUGGCGUACAAACUUGUGAUCGUCUUAGCAUUCCUAGGAAUGGCUUUGGCCAAUUCUGUUAAAUUUCAAGACUGUGGUUCCAAGGGAGCGACGAUACACAGUGUAGAUGUUGGAGGAUGUACAGCUGAACCAUGCCAUCUUAUCCACAACAAGAAUGCCACUAUGAUGGUCAACUACACAGCAAAUGAGGACGUGACACAUCCAACAAACUCCAUAUAUGGUAUCAUUGCCGGCAUACCUGUCAAAUUCCCAUCGCCUACGGAUUGCUGUUCAAAUAAAAAUGUUGUUUGUCCCGUCAAAUCGGGGUCUACCUCACAGUAUAAUAUCAACAUCUUUGUUUCUCCAUCUUACCCAAAAAUCUCAGUUCUCGUUAAGAUGGCCAUUCUUGAUGACAACAAACAGGACUUCCUGUGUCUAGUAUUUCCCGCCGUCAUUGCCGACAGUUGAAAGGGAGAUAAUUCUUUUUGUAAACUAUUAACGCAAGAUGCUAAAACUGCCAUUUAUCCAUGACUUUUUAUACGAAUAAAUAUUGCAAUUGAA